AUGAAGGAGAUGGUGAUGGAGUUUGAACAUUAUGUGUCCAACUUCAUAGUCGAUCUGCUCUCACUCUUCCUCUAUCCUGUUGCAUCCCUCCUGGCACGAACUCUUAUUGCUCAUCUCAGGUCCGAUGCUUGCUUCAACGACUACCUGUCAGCUGAUCCCUGCGACCCCAAGGAUGCGGUGAUCGAGAGGGUGAGGUCUGCUUCUGUCAUCAUCAGCUGCCUUCCUCCUGGGCCCUGCGUGAGGGCGCUAGAGGCUCUUGCUCCUCACAUGGCGUCCGGCGCUCUCUUCACAGACGUUCUCUCCGUCAAGUCUGGCAUCUGCAGCGCGUACUCGGAGCUGAAAGACAAGUACCCGCACAUUGAGCUGCUCAGUGUUCACCCGAUGUUCGCUCCUGCUGCAGGAUGGCAAGGGCAGAACACAGUCUCGAUUCACAUCCGCACGGCAGGAAGGAGCAAGGCGUUCGAGGCACUGAUCGAAUCAUGGGGAUCGACUAUCGUGCCGAUGGAAAGUGGAGAGCUGCAUGAUCGUGUGACAUCCGCGGUUCAAAAUGCAACUCAUGCUGCCCUGAUAACCUUUGGACUUACCCUGAAGAAGAUGGGCUACGACGCGGGGCUGGCGAAGAAGAUCUCGACGCCUCCUCAUCGCGCCAUGAUCGCGGUGAUUCAGAGGAUGGCGAGCAUCAACGAGCCCGAUACCUACUGGGACAUCCAGACUGAGAACCCCGACGCCUUCUGCAACAUCAUCGCGGACUUCAAGCCCCUAUUAGAAGCUGCCAACGCUGAGAGUUCCUGCGAGUCUCCUUACUAG